UCGACAGCUGCUCCCCGUGCGGCGCAUCUGGAACAUGGACUUCCGCUACCAGGGUCUGCCCGAUCGUUCGUCCGAGCAGCUCUUCUUCCUUUACUUCGCGCUGGACCACUGCGAGGAGCGCGACCAGGCGCACCACGCGCAGCGCGCGCACGCGCUCACGCCCGAGCACGCGGUCAACCUGCCGCUGCGGGGCACGGGCGCCUUCGCCGAGGCCUUCAACUGCCGCGACGGCUCCGUCUCCGUCGCGCAGGGCGGACCGCCCUGCCGGAUACUCAAGGCAGGCUACAGCAGGUCGAGCCGACGCAGCGGUCAGGGCGGUCGCCGCUUCCGGAACAAGACCCGGCAGCACAGUGGCCUCUCCUCCUUGCUCGAUAUGCAACUAACGCUCGGCUAGAGACGGUGCCGCUUUCACCUGAGGCGCUUAGUUUCAAUGCGCCUUGCGAAUGAAGGGACGACAUGUGCACGCGCGUUCCUCAUCGACGUCGCGUGAGAAACUCGCACUCGCACACUGCAUGACGUGUUUUUCACGUCAGCUUCUGCUAAGGCUGUUGACGUGUUUCCUGUGGCAUAUAUUUGAUGUCGCCGUUUUUUCUUUAUUUUUUCAUUUCCAUUUUUGGUAAUGCCGACUCAGUGCGGGCCAAUUGAAAAGGGAAAGCGGAUUACAUUGAAUCUCCGCACAACGGUUUUAUGUUCGCGGUAAACGAAUGAAUAUCAUUGCAACGAGGACAUGCUAUUUAGAUUGUGUAAUAAAACUGCAUGUAUGAA